AAUGGAUCCUAAGCACUGGCUCUGAUAUUGUUUCUCAUUUUUCAAGAAAUCCAUUUUGUUUAGGUUUAGGUCUCCUUGCUUUGGAAUCUGAAGGAAUUCAGGAUGAAGAUGAUGGUAUGGCUGUUGAUGGUUGGAUAGGAGACGGAGAGAGUGAUUGUGAGAGUGUGGAUAGUGAGGGAGAAGAUUGUCUUCAGCAUGCUGGUGUAUAUACUGGAGAAGAGGUGAUGCGUAGCAUGAAGGAUAAGCUCGUGAAGUUACAGAAACUUUAUAUUGAUCAGUUCCAGAGAAUACUUCAUAAGAUGAGGGAGUCUAGAAGAUUAUAUUUAAAACAGUUAAAAGCAGAGAAGGAAGCAGGACUAAUGAAUAUAUUUAACCAACCAAGGGAUAUAUCUGGUGAACUAUCUGAGUAUGAAAGAAUGAAAGGAAUGUUACACUACUAUUCACCUGCGGGAAGAGAAGCUUUGCUUGCUCUAAGACACAGAGAGCGUCGAACAGGGUUGAUUUCUGGAUCUAAACCAACCUCGAACCCUCCCCCUUGUCAGCAUAUUCUCACCACUACAACUAGAUGCUCCGCCCCCUCGGUACCUAUGGCCAAGUUCUGCCUCAAGCAUAUCCUGGAGGAGGUGGGGCAGGUUCUGUACCGCCCCUGUGGGGUGGUGACCCCUGCAGAUGGUCCCUGUGAGACCCCUGUAGCAUCAAUGUUUAAUCAGGAUACUUGUGUAUUCCACACUAAACUACUAUCACCUUGCACCAGUCCGAAGAGACCGGAGAAAAAGGAAAAAUCUGUCGGCAAAGAGAAAAAAUCCUCCAAGUUGAGAAGAGGAAAAUCUGCAAAGGAUGCAAAAGAAGAAAAGGUUGAGGUAAAAGAAGAGGCUGCGGAGGCUGCUGUUAAAGCAGGAGACGACAACGAAGAGGUUGGAAAGAAUGAUACAGAAACGGCUGAGCAAGGGAUUAUGAAGUUAAGUCCGAUUAAAGAAGAGAUCUCCCAAAUAUCAGCAGAGAUGGAUAUUGACAAGAAUAUUACCGCUAAAGCUGACACUGCAGACAAAACAGACAAAAUUAACCCGACCGAGAGUGAAACUGAAAACGAUGACAAAAAUCGGAUCACAGCGGAUCAAAUCGAUGACAAAAAUCAGAUCACAGCGGAACAAAUCGAGGAUAAAAGUAGGACGGGAAAAGACGAUGAGGAUCACCCCGAGUUGGGUAGUACUAGUACGGGAGGGAUUUCCAGCGUCGAUAAAGAGACAAAUGUGACUGAAAAAUAAGAUUGUAAUGAUAAUAUGCAUCUGUCCUAAGAUUAUAUAGACUGUAGAAUAGGAUCAUGUAGAACUGAACGGAUUUCCUAUUUUGUUGUAAUUAUCAUGUUGUAAAAUAACAAAUAUAGAAUCGUAUCUGAAACAUUAA